UAUAUAUGAAAAAAUAUUCACGAAAGAACAUAGGGGAUAAAAGAACCUCUUAAUGUGAGCAGGCUUAUGGAGAAAUGGACAUAUGGCUUUCUGUAUCAGCCAGAGUUUGUUCCAAAGGCAAUCCUUCAAAAUGUAUGCAUGUGCAUCCCUCUUGCAAUAAUGCUGCAGUCCCUAGGGUUCUGGGCCCACAGUUGUGGGGACCAGUAUGGUGGACACUAAAUGUUGUUGGCGAUCAAAGAAGAGGAGUUGGCAGCUAGGCUCCGCUGCCGCUGCUGCCGUCGGCGCUGGGCACAGCCAGGGGCAGCGCAAGGGGAACUCGGCCUGGAGAGGCCCCGACAUCAUGUGAUGCAGGAAGAGAGCGCAAAUGAUAUGGAAUGUGAGCAGCUGCCAGCAGAGACACUGCGACAAGUGACCAUUCACCGAGACCCUAUAUAUGGCUUUGGCUUCGUGGCCGGCAGUGAGAGGCCUGUGGUGGUGCGAUCUGUGAGGCCAGGAGGCCCCUCUGAGGACAAGCUCCUGGCUGGUGACCAGAUUGUGGCUAUUAAUGAGGAGGACGUGAGUGAAGCCCCAAGGGAGAGGUUCAUAGAACUCAUCAGGAGCGCUAAGGAAUUCAUCGUUCUUACAGUUCUGCACACUCAUCAGUCCCCCAAAUCUGCCUUCAUCAGUGCUGCAAAGAAGGCCAAGCUGAAAUCCAAUCCUGUGAAGGUUCGAUUUUCUGAGCAGGUGGCAGUUGGAGAAACAGAUGCAAAAAUGAUGAAGAAAGAAGCUCUUCUCCUCAUCCCCAAUGUCCUGAAGGUCUUCUUAGAAAAUGGACAGAUCAAGUCUUUCACAUUUGAUGGCCGGACCACUGUUAAGGAUGUGAUGGUGACAUUACAGGACCGUCUUUCGCUCAGGUACAUUGAGCACUUUGCUCUUGUCCUUGAGUAUGCUGGGCCAGAACAGAACCACAAGUUCCUGCUUCUCCAGGACAAGCAGCCCCUGGCUUAUGUGGUACAGCGGACACACUAUCAUGGAAUGAAAUGCCUCUUCCGAAUAAGCUUCUUUCCCAAAGACCCUGUGGAGCUACUGCAUCGGGAUCCUGCUGCUUUUGAGUACCUGUACAUCCAGAGUCGGAACGAUGUUAUCCGAGAACGCUUUGGAAUGGACCCCAAGCCAGAGAUGCUUUUGGGCCUUGCUGCCCUCCACAUCUAUAUCACUGUCUCAGCCACUCGACCUAGUCAGAAGAUUUCUCUCAAGAAUGUGGAGAAGGAGUGGGGCCUGGAACCGUUUCUCCCCCCCUCCCUCCUGCAGGGCAUCAAAGAGAAGAACUUCCGGAAAUCCCUUUCUCAGCAACUGAAGGCUCACCAAACACAUCCUUCCAGUGGCACCAAGGGCUCCACAAUUCAGGCAAAGCUCCAGUAUCUUCGAAUUCUGAAUGAACUUCCAACCUUCACUGGUGUUUUGUUCAACACUGUGGGCCUGGAUGAAAAGCAAUCAGCCACCACUCUCCUGGUGGGACCCCGGCACGGUAUCAGCCAUGUUAUUGACCUCAAAACCAACCUUACCACUGUGCUGUCCGAGUUCAGCAAGAUCAGCAAGAUCCAGCUGUUCCGGGAGAACCAAGGUGUGGCCCGAGUGGAGACCAGCAUCCUGGAUGCCAAGCCUCUGGUGCUGUUGAUGGAGUGGCCCGAAGCCACCAAUUUUGCCUGCCUGAUUGCAGGGUACUGCCGCCUCCUGAUGGAUUCCAGGAAGAUGGUUUUCACCAGGCCCACAAACCAGCCUCUUCCACCUCCAAUGAUCAAGGCAGAUUACAUGCACAGUGCCCAUCGCCCUGUCACUGGGGGCCACCUGGGGAAAAAGGAGAGUAGUUAUGUGGGCAGCGUGGGCACCAGCCCCAGGAAGUCGAGCCGCUGCACACCCCCGCCUGCCGACUCUGAGCUUGUCAGCUUUUGCUACCUCCACAUGCGGGAACAAAGGAAGGAGCAGGAAAGCCGGACAGAUGUCAAUGAGAAUUUAAUCUUCUUUGAGGAGACCAGGCCCCGGACCAAAUCUGACCCCACUUCCAAAAGCUCUGGCCAAGGUUACAAUGUGGUCCCUGAUGACUUUGAUGCAGCCAGUCUAGACCACGAGCCUUGUGCCAGUAGGGCCAGAUCUUAUACCUUGGAUAAUUCCCUUGGGGCUGAAGCCCUAAAUUUUUACUGUGACUCUUGCAAAGCCAAACUCCAGGAGCAGCUGGGUCCUCGCAAAGGCGGGAGGCCUGGUUCCUCUCGUGAUAAUAUUGUAGACUUGAUGUCCCUUCCACCCCCUGGGAGUGAGGAGGAAGAAGAGGAGGAAGAUGAGAGUACUUCCCUGUUGCCUGCCAUUGCUGCCCCACCUCCUGGUUUCCGAGACAACAGUUCUGAUGAGGAUGACUCCAAGCGCCGGGCCGCCCAGAGCCAGGAACAAGGACGCCACCUGCGUGGGCUCCUGUAUGAUGAGAUUCCAGUGACAUUGAUUGAUAGCAUGCAGACCCGUACUGUCCGAGAUCAUGCCCAGGAAUUGGAUGAUGCACUAGUGUCCACUCUGCAGGCUCUGGAAGCCUUGGCAGCAUCAGAGGAUGGACCACACCCUCCUCCCCCACAGACUGCAGGUCUGAUUGUGCUGGCCACAAUCACCCCUGAAUCAUCGCUGGACUCGGGCCAUGAAACCAACUCUUCGGAGCUCACAGACAUGUCGGAGAUGAUGUCUGCCAUGAAGCAGCACCAGAACACCACCUACUUCCUGACCCAGCACCUCAACAAAGACAGUCUUCUGACCCGCAAGGACCUGCCUUUCCGGAUCCAGAGCUGUGCAGCCCAGGCUGUUCUCACAGCCCCUUACUCUCUUGGGCGCCCGGAUCCCAACCCAUCCCUCCAGCCAGCUGUCACAGGCCAGAGUCCUGGUCCCCCUGGCGCUCGGAGGAAGCUGCCCCAGCCAGAGGCUCAGUCACAGCGAGAGCGAACAUAUGCCCUGGCAGUGCACCCAGCACUGUCUCCACAGCUUAAUGAGCAGAAGAAUCUGAGCCUGCUGUCCCCAGUUCCUGAAGACAAAGGGCCUAGCUACACUAAGGCAGGCCUAGAGAUGUCACUGAGGGCGGCCACACCAUCCCUCAGUGAAGAGCAGGUCUCUGAGCUAAGGGGGAACCUGCCAAAGGAGGUCAGGUUGAGCCCCAAGCUUAUCCUGGACCCAAAGGGCAGUGUGACCCCAGCUAUCAUCUCAGCUGCCCUACAGCAGGUGGUUCACACUAAGAGUCUACCUGCCCCUGGCGGGGCCUUGGGGAACCCUUCCAGCAGUGGGGAAAGGAGGCUGGAAGCCAGCGUGGGGAAGCCAGAGGUCAGCAUGAUGAGUGGUAGUGCCAAUAAGAAUCUUAAAUUCAAAAUAAGCCCAGAAGUCUCUUCCAGCUCCAGAGUAACCACAGGUAGCCGGGCUGACAGCCUGCACCUCUCCCCACAAAAGGAUAGGCUGCCUGUUCAAAGUUUCCCUCCCAAAAGCUAUCAUUUGAGAGCAAGUCGAGAGUCGGUGGGCAAGCAAGCUACAGGGGAAGUGGCAGGCAAGGGUGGGCCAGAGGUUGUUAAGCCUUCCCUGCAUAAGCAGAGCACCAUCUCCAGCCAAGGGGAGAAGGGGCAGCUGGAGAGCACACCCCAAAGCAGCAAGCUUGAGGAGACCAGCCUGGUUUCCCGAGCUGGCUACCCCAUAGCUCUGCAAAGUCCCAGCUGCCAGUCUCAAGGCCACAGCCCCAGCUUCCAGCCACGAGGCCACAGCCCCAGUUUCCAGCCACGAGGCCACAGUCCCAGCUUCCAACCACGAGGCCACAGCCCCAGCUUCCAGCCACGAGGCCACAGCCCCAGCUUCCAACCGCGAGGCCACAGCCCCAUCAGCCUGUCCCGAGGCCAGAGCCCCAGCUGCCUUCCUCAAGGCCAGAGCCCACUGAGGCCCCAGGCUGCCAGCCGUCAGGUGAGCACCAUGCCCUCUAGGAAGCUUGAAACAACCCUGGAUGGAGCCCAAGUGACCUCCGAAGGCCCCACAAAGCCCAAAUCAUCUCGAGGUCCUUUCAGGCUACGCAAUUUAUUCUCUGCCACCUUCCCAACACGCCAAAAGAAGGAAACCGAUGAGCGGCAGGCCCAGCUGCAGAAGGUAAAGCAGUAUGAGUUGGAGUUCCUUGAGGAACUUCUAAAGCCACCAAGCCAGGGGGAGCUGCCGGGCACUGAAUACCUCCAACCUCCAGCACCAGGCCGCUGCAGCUGCCAGCUACGCAGCAGCCCUAUACAGCAGGGGCCUGGCAUGUCCCGUGAGCAGAGACGCAGCUGUGAUUGUAAGCGCAUCUGCCGGGGGGGUCGGCCACAGGCGCCCCAGACACCAGUGCCCGGCCUCCAAGGGAGGGAGAAGGACAAGGUCCUGCCUACCCAGAGGCAGCCAGAGGCUGGCCCAGACUUGAACCUUGGCAGUCCCACCAAUGUCCGGCGCAUACGCUCCACCAGCCUGGAAUCCCGAGAGUGCCGCUCAGACCCUGAGAGCGGUAUUUCAUGCCUGAGCACAUGUGCCUCAGGGGGCGAGUGUCUGGGAGCUCCCAACUAUAGGAAACUUAUGCGUCGCUAUAGUAUCAGUGAGCCGGACCAGGGUGAUAGGGCCUCACUGACCUCGGACAUCUAUCCACAGCCACCCCUGGGCAUGCUGCCCAGGGAGGCCAAGGAGGUAGAGACAGGCCUCUCCCUAGGCUUGGGUCCCAAAAGCAAGCCUCUGGAGUCACCAACCCUUGGAGACCCCUCAUAUGUUCAAGUUGCUCCUGAGACCAAAGGCCCCAGACCGAUGGCCGUGUUCUCACUGCCAGAAGAGGUGUACCGGAAGCCCACUGAGUUGGAUGAGGACAGUGAAAGCAGCAAGUGCUGCUCCAUCCGCUACUGCUUCUACUACCGCAAGUGUGACAUAGCGGAUGAUGCCAGUGAUGGCAAGGAUGAGCUCUCUUACUCCAUCCCCAUGAAGAUCCUGCCUGGUAUGAAGCUGGACGAGAAGGUGGUGCCCGUAGUGAGCAGGACCCUGCAGGUGCUGGAUGCCGCCACCUGCAGCAGCAGCAGCCCUGAGGCCUCCCGCACCCAGGAAAUUGACCUGCGGGUGUCCACCUUCGAGGGGAGCCUAGCCAAGAUCAAUGCCCUGCGGGCCCAUGCCUAUGGCCUGCCUGACGGCUUCCUGGCUGCACGGCUGGACACCAACGAGUUGCUGACAGUCCUGCGGCAAUGUGUGGCCAGCCCUGAGGCCCGCGCUCCCAAGCCCUAUGGCUCCCAGAUCUCUGAGUACAAGCUGGAGCUGUUUCUCAAGUUCAAGGAGCUCCGGGCUUCCUGCCGCCGCGUAGCCAACGUGGACAAGAGCCCAACUCACAUGCUGGCAGCCAUCACGGGCAGCUUCCAGGUGCUGAGCAGCCUCAUUGAGACCUUCGUGCGGCUGGUGUUCAUUGUGCGCUCCGAGUCACAGCGCCAAGAGCUGCUGGCCAAGGUAGAAGAGGUGGUAAGGAACUACACCUUCCUGCUGCGCGCUGCUGAGGAGUCCACCAUCCGGAAUCUGAACCACCAGCAGCAGCAACAGCAGCAGGCAGCAGCAGCUAUGGGGGUAUCCCCGGGGAACCCACCAGGCUCCCCAACUUCGGCGACUGUUAUGAGCACAUUCACCCACCCCUUAAAAACCCUUGUUAAGUAGGGCAUCUGCCCAAGCCUCCCCCCUUCCCCAACCUCAGACCCAGGUUUGAGCUUUGUGGUCCUUGCAUCCUGUGAUGAGUGUAUGUGUCUGCUGGACCAGUCAGGGUCCAAGAGCCUUCAGUCUCCAGGGAGCAAAACUCCUAGCAUUGAGGCUGUCCCUGAGGUCUCCAGGCUGCUGCUGCCCUGGGUAUCCUCACCCCUUCCCUGGCCUCUAGGCGUCACUGUGAGGGCCAAGGCCCCUCGUCACUACGCCCACUGCAGAGUUGUAUUUUAUCUCUUCUCUAGGGCUGAGAGGUGACAUCAGGCUCACUUCCUGCUCCAUUUAUUGGCACAGGGAAGCCAGGGCCUGAAGGAGGCAGGCCAGACGGCCUAGUGGAGGGAAAAGGGCCCACCCACCACUUUGCAGAAGCCACCCAGAGGGCUCACACCCGGGUGAUAGUCCUCCAGAAAAACAGCCACACAGGGCUGUUUGCAGCCAGCCCAACAGGCUGGCAGCCUCGGGAGCCCUCAUUCCCAGGCCUAGUAGCUCCACACCAGCCAUCCCCAAAGUGCCCUGUCCCUCACUGGUGGGCAGGGCAGCUCAGUCCACUAGGGAGCAAGCAUCUGGGAUCACCCCACUCAUUCUGGCUAAGGUACCUGAUGAAAAUGUUUGCCCUGGGGAGACCCAGCACAGGCCUCCGAGCUGGCCUGGCCCAGCAUAGUACAGUGUCUGUAGCUGCAGGCAUGCGGCUCCUCUCUCAACAUUUCUACUAGACAGGCUGUCCUUAGGAGUUCCA